UCUAAUUUUCUUACUUAUACAGAGGUAUGGGCAUAUGACGUAUCACAAAAAUUGAUGGAAGUAUAUAAAUUGCUAAUGUAGUCAUACAACUUGUAGAUUGCUAGGGAAAUUUGUCAAAUGACUUUUUUUGGCUCCAAAAAUUUGAAAUCAAGCAAAGCCAUCCUUUCCUUCCUAGACAACCACCAAUGCCUAACCAUCCCACACCUCAAGCAAAUACAAUCCCAGCUCAUCGCCUCCGGUACGCUUUCCGAUACUUAUGCAGCCGGAAAACUCGUUUCUGCCUUUGCAAACUACCCUACCCAUCUCUCUUACGCUUAUAAACUCCUCAUCCACUCACCUAAUCGCUCCAAUUACAUGUGGAACUCUUUGAUCAAAUUCUUUAUUGACAAUGAUCAACCCAUUAAAGCAAUCUCUCUCUACAAGGACAUGAUUUCUUCUGGGUUUUAUCCCAAUAAUUAUACUUUCUCUUUUGUUAUUAGAGCUACUAAUGAUCUUUGUGAUUUACCCUUAGGGUUAAUGCUUCAUUCUCAGUCUAUUAAAUUGGGGUGGGGGUCUUACGAUUUUGUGCAAAAUGGGUUGAUUCAUUUGUAUGCUGUGUGUAAUGCGGUUGAUUUAUCUCGUAAGCUAUUUGAUGCGAGUGUAAUCAAGGAUGUGGUUACAUGGACUGCUGUGAUCAAUGGGUAUGUUAAAGUUGGUCGCAUUGAGGAUGCAAGAGAACUGUUCGACGAAAUGCCUGAACGAAAUGUGGUUUCUUGGAGUGCUAUGAUCACUGGGUGUGCUCAAAUGGGGUUGUUUGAAGAGGCUUUAGAACUGUUUAAUGAUAUGCAGAUAUCUGGAAUUCGGCCUAAUCAUUCUUCCUUGGUGGGGGCACUAACGGCCUGUGCAGCUCUUGGAGGUCUUGAUCAAGGGAGGUGGAUUCAUGCUUAUGUGAAUAGAAAUAGAAACAGGGUGGAAUUGGAUGUUAAACUAGGUACAGCUCUUAUUGAUAUGUACGCGAAAUGUGGGUGUAUUGAAAUGGCUAAUCGAGUGUUUGAGAAUAUGGCAUAUAAGGAUGUGUUCGUGUUCACUUGUUUGAUUUCUGCAUUGUCAAAUCAUGGGCAGAGUGAGAAGGCAAUGGAAUUGUUCAAAAGAAUGGAAAGGGAAGGGGUUAAUCCAAAUGGAGUGACAUUCAUUUGUGUGUUAGGUGUAUGUAGUAAAAUGGGUUUGGUAGACGAGGGAUUGCAUAUAUUUGAGAUUAUGAAGCACCGAUAUGGAAUUGAGCCGGUAAUUGAGCACUAUGGUUGCUUGAUUGACCUCUUAGCAAGAUCAGGGAUGCUACAAGAAGCAGCAGAGCUAGUGAGAAAUAUGUCAAUGAUGCCAGAUUCUUAUGUUUUGGGAGCUCUACUGAAUGGUUGUAGAGAAUUUGAGAAUGUGGAGUUGGGGGAAGAAAUUGUGAAAGAGUUAAUGGAGAAAGGUCUUGACUAUAGUGGGGUUCACACACUUCUUUCAAAUAUAUAUGCAUCGUCGAACAAAUGGGAUGGAGUGAUGCAUGUAAGAGAACGGAUGCAAGAAAAGAUGGUGAGAAAGAUACCGGGAUGCAGUUUAAUACAAGUGGAUGGGGUUGUUUGUGAAUUUGGUGCUGGGCAAAAGUAUGACGAUUCGAUGGAGGAUGUUAUGUUGUGUUUGCUUCGAAUGGACAACCAUUUACGGUUAUUCUUAGUAGAUCAUAAUAUUCUUCUUGCAUCUGAAAAUACAUAAUGAAGAUCGGUGUAGCUUAGUUUGGCUGUGUUGUACUAUUGCCUUGUAAGAAUAAAUGUAGUUACGUAGGAUUUGAGACUGUGAUUAAGUGUACCAACUACAAAGAUGAAUCCUUUACCAUCCAUGUUAUAUGCUUGAAAUUGACUCAUUCUCAUA